GAGCCGGUCUGAACCUGUUAGCGUGUGAGGCUGCCGGAAGGCGCUGCAUUGCUAUUGCUGGGUGAUUUAACUCUUCGCUCUCUGCCAGGUGACGUUGCCUACUUCACCCAGGGAGACAGGGUCAGUGACUCCCAGAGAAGAAGCCAAUCAGUAACUUCCAUCUGUCUGAACCCACAUAUAGCUUCAUACUGAGGCCAUGAUGUUCUUUUGACAGCAGCUCAAGUCUCUGUGCCUGGGGGUUUGUGCCAGUGGAAUGCAUUUGCAAUAGUUCAGAUGGAUCACCAUUAAAUACUAGACUAUAAGCUGAGUGAAGCCAGAAUCAAAAUGAAUAAGUGCAAACUUGUUCUGUUAAGACACGGGGAAGGAGCCUGGAACAAAGAAAACCGCUUUUGCAGCUGGGUGGAUCAGAAGCUGAGCAGCGAUGGGCUAAAGGAAGCUCGGAACUGUGGGAAACACCUCAAAGCACUAGGUUUUCAGUUUGACCAUGUGUUUACGUCUAUCCUAAGCCGUUCUAUUCAGACUGCUUGGCUGGUAUUAGAAGAGAUGGGGCAAGAAUGGGUUCCCACCCAAAGUUCGUGGCGUCUGAACGAACGCCACUACGGUGCACUGAUAGGUCUCAACAGAGCCGAAAUGGCGCUGAACCAUGGUGAAGAGCAAGUGAAAAUAUGGAGAAGAAGCUAUGAUGUUACUCCACCUCCCAUAACUGAAUCUCAUCCUUACUACAAAGAGAUCUAUAAUGAUCGCAGAUAUAAAUGCUGUGAUGUGUCGCAGGACAAACUCCCAACGGCUGAAAGCUUAAAAGAAGUUCUGGAGAGACUCCUUCCCUAUUGGAAUGAAAAGAUAGCACCAGAACUGAAAAGCGGCAAAAUGGUCCUCAUAUCUGCUCAUGGAAACAGCACUAGGGCACUGCUCAAGCAUCUGGAAGGCAUCUCCGAUGAGGAUAUAGUUAAUGUUACCCUCCCUACUGGCGUGCCUGUGCUCCUUGAACUCGAUGAGAAUCUGCGCCCUCUUAGCCGUCACCAGUUUCUGGGUGAUCAAGAGGCUAUCCAAGCUGCCAUCAGAAAAGUGGAAGAUCAAGGGAAAGUCAAACCUGUUGAGAAGAAAUAAUGCUUCUGGCUGCUGCCCCCACUCUCUUGUGUGUGUGGUAAUAAGUAGUGCUUUGUGAGUGUUAAGUUGCACUUCGUAAGUUUGUUAAUUUUUAAAUAUUAGGAGCGCUAGUUAUGCGUUCGGUUAGUACACCAGCCUUUCACCUUUGGAGACUAGAGUUCACCUGUAACCCACACUGGGAUUUGAAAAGGAGGUGGCUGAUUUCAUCCUAAGCAGUAGUAAGGACAACAUAAAAUUGCUAUAGUCUGCCACAAAUCUUUGCUCAAGAAAGGCCCAAGCCAGCAGUAUGGUAGGGUAUAUUACAGGUCAGGAUUAAGAAGUAUUGACAGAGCUCUGUGAGGAAAGCUUGCACUGCAGAACACUUGGCUCCCAAUAACAUUUGAAGUCCCUCACUUUCACAAGCACUAAAUGCUCCCAGUUUGCAAAAAGUAUUUGGUAGUAAAGUGCCAGUUAGAUUGUUCUUUACUGGAAGACCUCUUAAGAAGCCUGCCCGUGGCACUAGCGUAUACAUUACAGGCAGUUCUCUGGUCGUCUUAUUGCAGUGACGCUGCUGUGCUUGAGAAUGCACUUUUGCUAGCAGCUCUUUUUUGAAGCACAAAAAGUAUCUUGUGGCUUGACUGUUCCAAGGCUAGUUCUUGCUCCAGAAAAAGUGCAAUCCUACUAUCCACGCAAUGGAGUGGGGUGUGCUUGGAAGAAGUAGUCUCUCUAUCGUUCCCCCUUUGCCUUACUUUCAAAAACAGUUUUUAUGGGCUAAAUUCUGCUAGGUUGCACCAGUGAUAGGUGAAGGAUGGCCCAGUGGUUGGGGCACUGGCCUGGGACGAGGGAAGCCCAGGUUCAACUCCCUACUCUGCCACAGACUUUUUUGUGUGACCUUGGACAAGUCACUUAGCCCCUCUGGGUACGUUGACACAGCCCACAGCAGCGAGCUUCUGGGUCAACAGACAGGCUCAUGGGGCUCAUGCUAGUGCUCUAAAAAUAGCUCUGUAGACAGCACUUGGAAGGGGUGGCUUGGGCUCUGAAGCCUUGGGAGAGGGGUUAGAGUACUAGUGUGGGCCCCGCUAGAUUGAGUCUGUCGACCCAGGCUGGGAAGCUUGCUUCUGCAGCCUGUGUAAACAUACCCAUAGUGCCUCAGUUCCCAUCUGUGAAAUGGGGCUCCCAGAGAGGAGACGGGCACCCUGUGAUAAAACCACCCAUUGAAAUGACACUCCUGCUGCCAGGUUGUUCAUGGGAUAUGUACACGUGCAUGCAAACCUAGUGGAAUUUCACUGUUGUAACUUAGCAGACGUUAGCCCUCAAAACACAGAACACAAAGAGGUUAGUGCAUGAAUAGAACUUCAGACUUGUCAUGGACUUAGCCCUUAAUUAGAACAGUAACCUGGAUAGGUUUCAAGCACUUAACAGAAUCUACAGGCUUGAUCCAACUCCCAUUAAGGUCACUGAUAACACUGACUUGACUUGAAUAGGGCCUGAUCCAAACCUUUGAAAUUCCCCACUUCCACCACUCUGUGGCGCUCCAGAUAAGGGCUAGAGAGUGGUCUCCACUGAACUCUACAAACAUUUUUGCAAGCGAGAUUACCAUGGUGUUCCCAAAAUUAACUCCUUGCAAGAGCAAUACUGAAGAGAUUGUAAUGGUGAGUAGUGUAUGUAUGUGCAGUGCCACUCCAGGACAUAAAUACAGCUGUUUCAUCAUGUGAUGUAAACAGUAGAGAACAUUAAUAUUUACUUCAGAGUUCGUUCCUGUGAACCUCUUAUCACAACUACCUACUGCAGUGUGUGGUGUCUUAAUUUCCUUUUUAAAAACAAAAACCAAAAAACCUCAACUUUGUGGUUUGUUUUUUUUACAGGUACUCUUGUCAGGAAAUUCCACGUUAUGAGGCUUUACUCUUGUUUCUCUUGCGCUGGUGUAAAACUACUGUAGCUUAAAUCUGAAUCCAUCCCAGUAACUGAACUCUUUCAAUGGUCCCAGUUUUGCCCUCUGAUGCACAGAGCUCCCACUGAUUUCAAUGGAAAUUGCAUGUGCCUAUUUGAAGGCAGAAUUUGGCCCUUUGUAUAUUCAGUGCAGCCAAGCUAUGACUGCCGAGGGAACAACUGAAUUCCCUGAGUGCAAUGCCUGUAAAAAAUCUCACAUGUAGCUGUUUGCAGUGAGUGGCUUGUUUAAUUGGAUUUUUAUAGGUUCAAGAAAAUGACCGCCUCCUGGCGAGUCGAGCAGCCUUGCACUUCUUUAGCGCUCUGACUUUCAGAGUGUAGUAGUAGCUUGUGUCACUAAAGCAUGCUGAUUGUAACAGACAUAUUGCUGGGUAUCUUUCCUUGACAUGAAUGGCAUUUGGACUCCUAGGUUUUUGUUUGUUUAUAUUGCACUAGCAAAAGGGGGCUGGUGGCAGUCUCUCCUGUUUUUAAGAUAAAGUUUCUCUUUCUAAAAUACAAAGUCACAGUUUACUUUAAUCCUCAAAUGUAUUGUGCACUAGAUGAGAACCUCUGUGCAAUCCCCUAUACUUGUGACAUUGAUAAGCAACCUACAGCCUGGUGUAUGGUUUUUUUUGUAUAUAUUAUUCAUCUGUAUAUGGUGUUUGAGUCAAAUGAUCUCCUCCUCCACAGUAGCAUCAAUACGUUGGCUGCCGAUCGGUGAAUGUUCACUUUCCAGAGCCAUACUGAAGAGCCCCAUCACUAACAUGGCUUUCUCUUUGGUGUGACAACUGACACUAGCACUGGUAAAGACGUUCAUGAAGCAGCACUACCACAGACUUCAGCAGGAGUGGAGUCCCUCAUCUGUAUGGUUUGAGAUGUACUUAGAUGCCUGAACGUGGUGUGGGGGGAGUGAAAAGAAAUAUAGGUAAUCUAGUAUUUUUUGUAGAGAAUAAUUAGUAUAGUUUUGCAACUAAGGCUACCAGCACCACAUGGUGCUCUCCGCUAUAUACAUGUAACUCCCAUUGACCACACUGGGAUUCAUGGACAUGUAGCUGAGGCCAGAGCAUGGCUCUCAGCUGUUUACCAUACUGCAAUUCCAAAGCAGUGCAGUGUAGGAAUUUUUGGGAACUUGAGAUGCUGCAGCUACAGUGUAACGCUCAGAAUGCUGAUAAAUAAGCCAAACAUGCGCAGGCGUUUCACAUAACACAAAGGCAGGGCUAGAUAUCAGUGUCUCAUGCUCUCACGCAGAAGGGAAAGGAGCACUGAUCUUAGGGACACCUGACCUUUAAGUAGACGGGUUGGAGGGAAAGUGCUGAGUAAAUGUUCAGAAGCCCUAGGUUCAGCAGCCAGCCGAGUGGGGCAAAUCAAAAAUGGUUUCAAAUGGAACUGGUUUUUUGCAAUGCUCUGGUAGCGCACCAGGAAGUUGGACUGCAGUUGUUUGGGCUGAGACUCUAUUCGAUGACAAAGCAGCUCACCAAGGUUCAGUACUCAUGCUCUUCUCCCUGCACUGGCAAUGCUGCAGCAGACUGAGACCUUGAUCUUCUCCUGGGGGCUAUAAAAUGCCCCUCAAUAGGGAGCAGAAUUGGAGGCCCAAGCCAGGAGUUUCUGAGCAUUUACCAGCACUGGUCUCUUGGCAUCACUUGUAACUAUAUUAUUGACACACAAUGAGGUGGGGAGGGGAGGUAUACUUGAGGACAGAAGCCAGCAUUCAUGGGGAAGGGGGCCUGAUCUACUGGCUCUGUUAUCUUACAGCAAAGGGAUGGAUGAGAAACAGGCUGGUGACCCUUCUCAAUCCAUGAUUAGAAGAUGCAUUUGCCCUUGAUCUUGAGUGAGCUUCAGAGCUCUGGAAAUACAGCAUUUCCACAGGUGGCGACAUAGGCAUGGUUGGUUUGCUUAUGUGUCUGAAAUGUGUGGUUUGUUGUGUGAUCCUGUUGAGAACACUUAAAUAUUUACGUGUAGAGCUGGCAAGUUCUUUAAAAUUCAAUAAACCACCUGA